AUGCAAAGCUCGCAGUAGCAGCCUAUUUCCAAAUCAAGGUUAAAGACAGCUGUGCAUAAGCCUGGAACUUAAAAUCAAACUGAAAAAGACAUUGAGAAAUCUAGAAAUCAGAAUAAGAGUCUUGUUGCUUCUGAGAAUAACUUAAUAACUCAUAGUUUGCAAAUAAAUGAAAAGUCCUCAAAAGUUAAUAUCAAUAUUAAUAAUCAGAAAUCUUAAAAUCUAAAUAAAUUCAAUAGUUCAAGUGCUAAAUAAGGGUUAGCUAGUCUAAAUAAAAACAAUAGCACUGCAAAUAAUUCUCCGGUUAAAGAAUAAUUGAAAAGUAAUGCAGAUAUAGGGUAAAGCUCUAUGAUUAAACUGAACAACAUGACAGCAGUUCAGCUUAAUCAGCAUCAAAUACAAAUAGAAUAGCAAAUUAGCUCAAUAAAUGACCAAUAAAAUGCAGAGUAGUAAGUCAAAUCUGAAAAAAUAAGAGUGGCUGUCAGAGUUAGACCAUUCCUCGCAAAAGAAAUUGGGAAAGAAAGCGUUUGCUAUGUUUCUAAAAAUGGCAAGCAAAUAAGAGUUUCGGAUCUGAGUCAUACAAUAGAGGGUACAUAUGAUAAAGUAUUCCCAAAAGAAGCAACUUAGAAUGAUGCUUACUCUUAUGUAGCAGAUGUCAUCCCUAAUCUUUUAUAAGGUUUUAAUUGUACAAUAUUUGCAUAUGGAUAGACAGGAUCGGGUAAGACGUAUACAAUGUUCGGAGAAGGCUAUGAUUCCUAGCUUAUGCUAAAUAAAUCUACCUUUGACAAUAGUAAAACUAUCAAUGAGAGUUUUAUGAAUAGACACCACUCUAUAAACUAAGUGCAAAGUGAUUCUUAGCUCCUUUCUGAUACGAAUAAAUCUUAAAAAAGAGGACUUAUACCUCGAUGCAUUAGUGAACUAUUCAAUUACAUAAAAACUAAUGGAAUAAAGGUUACAAUUUACUGUUCAUUCUUGUAAAUAUACAAUGAGAAACUAUAUGAUCUACUUCAAGAUACUUACACUAAGAAUCCCCUUUAAAUUAGAGAAGAAAAGCUUCAGGGCAUUUAUGUGGAAGGAUUAUCAGAAUAUGUCGUUUAAGAUGACAAUGACUGUUUAAACUUGCUUAAAAGAGGAGAGAAAAAUAGAAUAAAGAGAUCAACAAAGAUGAAUAUCAAGUCUUCGAGAUCACAUUCUUUGUUCUAAUUACUUCUUGAGACUGACUAAGUAGACAACAAGGGAAUGCUGAAAAGAGCAAAGCUAAAUUUAGGAGAUUUAGCUGGAUCAGAAAAAGUAAACAAAGAUGAGGAAAUGAAAGCUAAGCACAUGCUUGAACUAAGAAAUAUAAACUUAUCGUUGACAACUCUUGGCAAAGUCAUUUAAGUUUUAUCAUAAGGUGGAACUGGCAAUCAAUAAAACCCUCAUGUGCCAUUUAGAGAAUCAAAACUAACAAGACUGCUUCAAGAUUCUUUAGGUGGUAACUGCUAGACAUACCUAAUAGCCACUGUUUCACCCCUUCUAGAAUCCAUAGAAGAAACUAUAUCCACUCUUAAGUUUGCUGAUAGAGCUAAAUGUGUAAUGCAAAGAGUGAAAAAGAACGAAAUAAAUGCCAAAGAUGAUGCUUUAGUAUAGAAACUCUAAAAAGAAGUGCAUCAUUUGAAAGAACUUCUUCAGUUAAAGAGGAAAGGAGUCAAUCCCACAGAUUUGAGUGUUCAACUUUACAUGCUUAAGGAUGAGAAUGAAAGACUUAGACAAUAUGCAGUAAAUUAUGAAGAUGUUGAGAAGAUGAAGUAAGAAAAUAAACAAAUGAGAUUAGAACUUUAAAGGCUCAGAAUGAUGGCUAGUGAUGUAGGUUCAAAUUACAAUGGGGAUAUAAGUCCAAAAAGUUUUCAAGGGGCAUAUAAAUUUAUCAAUAAAAAUGGUACUAUGGACUUUGCAAAUGCUUCAUAACACAUCAAUAACACUGAAUAGAAACUUCAAUCUGACUAACUAACUGAUAGUGAUGAGUCCAUUCAAGAGCAAUUCAAGAAUUACAAGAGUGAGUUGAAUUUCGACAUCAAGCUAGAAAAUAAUUAAUUACAAAAAGGAGUUUCCCAUCAUAUUGAUAUUUAAACUGAUAGAGUUCUUGCUAAUCAAAAGGUAUUAUCUAGUAAUUAACACAAUCAAAGUGUCUCUCCAUUAAGCUUGGCUUCAUAGGAAACCUAUAAAAUAAUGCAGGAUCACUCUUAAAAGUAAAAAGAUUAAGUUAACCUUAAGCAUUAAAAGGAAAGACUUUAAAAUGUUAUCUAGGAAUCCUAGAAUCACAGAAGCCUUGAUCUUCAGAGUUCUUCCUAGUAAAAACCUAAGCAACAUAUUGCUUUACGAAAAAGAUAUAAGGAAGGUGAUCUUUCAGAUGAAGGGAGUUACAUCAGAGAUUAAAUAAAUAUAACUUUACCUGCAAUUAACGAGAAUUCAGUCAAUAUGCAGCAACAGCCAGUUUUCUCUAAGAUUGAACUGAGUUGA